GCGCAAGCAAGAGAGAGAAUGUGUGUGCGUGUGAUUUGACUUCAGUGGAUCAUGGAGCAGCGCUCUGACCGCGGUGUGUCGGAGUCUCCUGGCCGCACGGACGCGCUUCGAACACGGUUACUUUUGCUCCGGAGCGCCGCUGAACGGAACUAACGCUGGAGGAUCGGAUCGGUACCGAUGGCUGAUCCUCUGCGGAGGACAAUUCUAGCCAAACUCAGGGGCAAGAAACCCAAAGGGAAAGACGCGAGCACCGCGAACCGGCCGAGAGAAGGUAAAGAAAAAGUUUCUCAAACGCAGACAGGGAGAGAUUGCAUUUCACAUGCGAUGAGGGGUAAACAGAGCUUUAUGAACGCGGAUCCGGUUUCCCGGUGCGCCGCGCACGGUAGCGGGUUCUCAGGGCCCGGGGGUCCCAGCGAACGGACCGAGCUGAAGCGGGUCCACACGCCGCGCGUCCGCGGCGACUCGAUCGGCUUCGGCGGCUGCGAUUUAAAACCGAGCCGAGAGGCUUUCAAGCCAACAGAUGGUCAAGAUCUAAAGAAUAAAGAGCCAAAUGUUACAUUACUCGAGCAAAAGGCCGGGAAAAACAUUACGGGCGACUUUAGAAACCCACAACCGCAACCUCACGUGUUUGAUUAUAUAGAUGCGGAAAGCGAUUUAAUUCAGGUCAUAGAAAAUGCGCUGGAGUAUCAUGGAGAUUUUAGAAUGCCCGCAUUGCAAAGUCCGACUUUUUUCCCCACCGAUCUGGAAAUAACAGUGGCCCCCAGGCUGAGAGAUGGGGCCCCUCGACACCACUCGGUUGACAGUGAGGACGACGAUUAUUAUGAUAACCAAAUUCUGCCCUAUUAUGAGUCUUACGCUCAGAUGAAUGACCGAAAUAAAAAUAUUGCAGAGUCGGUGUCAGGAUCUAACAAAACCACGCAAGAAACAGACAGACUGAAGUCCCAACUCAAAGAAGCGUAUUAUUUGCUAAUAAACACAAUGCAUAACAUCAGUUUCGACGGUCAGGUUGAAGAUAACGGAUUUGUGGAUCAGGCCAGUAGUGCAAGUCAAUCCCACGAUAGCGUUAGCACAGAAAGCGACGCGUGUUUGUCCGAAGAACGCAGGAACGAUUCGGAUUCGGCGUUUUUUGCGUUUCUCGAACGAUGCGGGUUGGGAUUGACUGGGUCUUCGCAAAGCCGAAGCUUGCAGAGUAUUCGCAACGCGAAUCCCAAACCCACGCUCCAGCGCUCGGUGAGCGAUAGCAAGGUGAAGUACUCAUCAAACUGCGAACCUGUGGUCGCAUCAGGCCACGAUGCUCAGCCACCAAACCCUACGGAAACCCUUCCAACGCCGACUUCAACGCGCCAGUCCAGUGACGAUGCAACGGUGCCCAAACAUCCCGGAGUCACCGUCAACAAGAUGCAAGAGUGGAUGCAGAAAGGUCGCGUGCUUUCAUCCGAGAUGAAGCAAAGGAUCGCAGGUUCCUCGCUGAGGGCCAAUCACGUGAGGCCGAAAGCGGCGUCACGGCAGCAGACAGCAGCGAUGGAGUUCAUCUCCGGCCCGUCUGCCAUAUGUCAGCGAGACUCCAGCGCACGUCAGACCCCGUUCAACCACAUCACCGUCUCCAAAAAACGCCAGUGGCUCCAACAGAGCUACGCUCGGCCCGUCCUGCCGCCCGAGGACGUCACAGCGGCCCCUACAGCGGAGGAGGAGCACACGCAUCCUCCAUCGGCCACUAACUCAUGUCUGACAGACAAAGAAGCGCCACCACGUCCUCGUCGUCUAGCACUACCCGCCGCUAACGUCAAACCUAGCCGAAUCUCGCCGCAUCCGCCCCGCCGGACGGACCCGGCCGAGGAAAACGACGCCGACGACGAAGGGGAGAUCUGGUACAAUCCCAUCCCGGAGGAUGAAGAGGCCGAUCUGUCGCACCGCAUCCCCGUCAUCAGAGUCCAGACGGGACGGGCGAGCGGAGGACCGGACGGAGACGAAAGACAGACGCUCACGUGCAGGACGCAGGAGGAGAACAAAGCAACAGAUCCUUCAGAGCAGUCCACUGGUGGACUUUCUCCCUCUUCUAGUCCCAAUCCUGUUAAACGGAGCACUGCUAUCAACUGGUCUUUUCCUGAUAAAAUUAAGUCACCACGGACUGUCCGGAAACUCUCUAUGAAGAUGAAGAAACUGCCUGAUCUGAGUCGUAAGCUUAGCGUUAAAGGGAACCCAUCUAGCAACGUGGCCAUCAACAGUGGCCAAUUAGAACCCAGAGCUCACUCGCCUAGAGCCAAUGGGAUGGCAGAGCUGGGCCAGUCCCAGCCCAGACUGUCCCCGGCGGGUGUGACGACGGCAUUGGCAAGUGGUAAUGUGAUUUGGCGGUACCAUUUGGACAGCAGUGUUUCUACACAGCACAACUUUGAUAAAAGAAGGAGCAACAGUGGUGGCGUUCCCAAAUCGGCCAGUAAGGGAGGUUACCUAAGCGAUGGAGAUUCGCCUGAACUUGUAGCCAAGUCUGGAAAGCAUGGAAACUCCGAAAGAAAGAAUGGUAAAGCCCGGGACAGGGAUCUCAAUGGGAAUGGCGGAAGUUCGAGGCUCCCUGGCCCGGAGCUGGAUAUCGACGCCUUCCGUUCGUACAGUUUCUCUGAGCAGCCAAAGUGCCUAACGUACAUCUCUGGACUAAUGAGUCUGCACUUCUACGGCGCAGAGGACCUAAAGCCACCGCGGGUUGAUUCCCGCGACGUCUAUUGUGCCAUCCAGGUGGACUCUGUCAAUAAAGCUCGUACGGCAUUGCUGACCUGUCGGACGGCCUUCUUGGACAUGGACCACACAUUCAACAUUGAGUUGGAGAAUGCUCAGCAUCUUAAACUUGUUGUCUUCAGUUGGGAGUCCACGCCACGAAGGAACCGGGUGUGCUGCCAUGGAACUGUGGUUCUCCCAGCCUUGUUUCGUGUGAGUAAGACGCACCAGCUUGCGGUACGGCUGGAACCACGUGGAAUGAUUUAUGUGAAGCUGAGCCUCAUGGAGCAGAGGCAGAACUCUUUUGAUGGCCAUGAGGGGGAUCACGAAAUGCAGGUGUUUGGCAUAGAGGCUCGGCGCGUGGUGGAACGGGAAGCUUCUGGAUUGAUGGUUCCACUGCUCAUUGAGAAAUGCAUCUCUGAGAUCGAGAGGAGGGGUUGUCAGGUGGUGGGUCUGUAUCGUCUGUGCGGUUCUGCUGCGGUGAAGAAGGAGCUGCGGGAAGCGUUUGAGAGGGACAGUCACUCCAUCGAGCUCUCAGAAAACAACUACCCAGAUAUUAACGUCAUUACAGGCGUGUUGAAGGACUACCUCCGUGAACUUCCUCAUCCUCUCAUCACCAAGCAGCUGUACGAAUCCGUUCUGGACUCAAUGGCCAAGAGGCCGCUGCAGAUGGGAAGCGGCGGCUGCGAGAACGACUCAGCCGACACGGAUCACGCCGUCAGCUUGCUAGAGAUCCUGCCGGAGGUUGAGAAGGUGACCCUGAGGAAGCUUCUGGAUCACCUGAAGCGUGUGGCGUCCCACCACGAGGUGAAUAAAAUGACCUGUCAGAAUCUGGCGGUGUGUUUCGGGCCAGUUCUGCUCAGCCAGAGACAGGAGGCGUCCUGCCACGGGAACCGGGUCUUUAUCGACUCUGAGGAGCUGGCCAGCGCUCUGCACUUCAAGAAACACAUCGAGGUCCUUCAUUAUCUGCUCCAGCUCUGGCCAGUUGUGGACGCUCAGGGCAAAUCUUCAUCUCCAGUUCCUGCCCCAGUGGACUCGCUUCCAGCGGUAACAGCAGCCGUAAGGAGGAGGAAAGAGCGUCCACAGGUGUUGAAUCUAACCGAGGCGGACAUGGCAGGUGUUUUGCGGCCCAGAGCUGGCCGUCUGGACAGUCCCAGUAACCGUUAUGCGGGGGACUGGAGUGGAUGCCGGGAAACGUACCUCCAACCAAGUUGCCUGGAGGAGGCAGACUAUGAUGACGUUCCCAGCGAAGAGCCUUCAAAUGUGGGACAGGAGGACUUACAGAAGAGUACUGGAGAUGUAGUCUCCGAACAAGAGUUGCCUGAAGUGGACGAGGCAGUGGAGAGGGUUGAGGAAAUGCAGAUAGAGGAGGAAGAGAGCGAGGACGAGAAUACAGUUGUUUUGGAAAAGCUACAAGUGGAGGAACCUCUACUCAUCAGCCCCUGCGAUCAGAUACUCCCAGAUCAGGAGGAGCACCGACCCAAAGAGCACACCUACCAGGCCUACAUGAAGAUCCAGGAGAUCAGCCCAGUCCUAAGCAACAGGGUCAACUUGCGGGACUUGCAGGAGAGCAUUGACACUCUAAUCGGCAACCUGGAGAGGGAGCUCAACAAGAACAAGCUCAACAUAGGGUACUGACUCUUUACCAGAACAGUCAAAAUAUGACGGUGAUUCCCUAGAGACAUUAGCGCUAUGGAACAUUCUUGCUCCCAUGCGCACUUGGGAUGCAUGUACAAGAAGACAUUCCUCAUGUCUGAUUUGUGUUUUUUGUUUGUCUCCUGGUAUCCAUGUUGUUGAUCUCGUCAUUGUUUUUCUUCUUAUGAGAAGAACUCAUUGAACCCUGAGGGGUGCACCAGGUGCCUUCAUUGUGUUAAGGUGGUGCUUACGACAGUGAGAGCUUUUUACUUUCUACGGAGGUACAAGACAUUACGAUGAAAACCAAUGCACUUAUGGGGCCUGCCAAUAGAGGCACGGCCAGUUCAGGUACAGGUGUGAAGCCUUAUGAUGGGAGAACUAGGUACUACAGAUAAAUCCCUAAACCGGGGUACUCAGUCCUGCUCAUGGAGAUCCAGCUUCCUAAACCCUUCAAACACCAGAUAAUCAAGGUCUUGGGGUUCGCUUUAAGAGGUAGAUUACAGGAGCAGGAUUGAGUACCUGACCCUAACUUUAUGACCCCGAACCCCACAUCAGGGAUAUCAAAUACAAAUUACUCAUUGAGGAGGCAGUGUUACACGGUUGUUUGGGAUCCCGGUGCCCUACUCCCUAAACUCUGAAUGUUAUAUUCUGAUCCUUACACCCUAAAUAAGGGGUGUCCAGUCCUGCUCCUGGAAAGCCAUUCUCAUCUCCAGCUGUAAUUUAAACACACUUUAUCCAGUUAAUCAAGGUUGUGAGGUUCACUUAGAGACAGAUUGGGAUGGCGGAUCAUCAAGAGCGGAAUUAAGCACCCAACCUUGAACCCUACUUCAGGGGUCUUGAACGCAAAUUACUUAGUGAGGUGGUGUCAGUCUGUACUUUAGGAUCCCUGCACUCUACUCUCCUAUCCUAAACCAUACACCCUUAAUCAGGUUGUUUGAGCCUGCUCCUGGAGAUCUGGUUUCCUGUAGUCUUUGGUUCCAGCCCUCCAAACAAACUUGAACCUGCUAAACAAGGCUUUGGGAUUCAUUUAAAGAAAAGGUGGAUGAGCAGGAAUGGGAUUGAGCACCCCAACCAAACGACCCUGAACCCUACGUCACAGUUCUCAACUCUGGCCCUUAUAAUCCACUUUCCUGCAGAGUUUGGCUCCAACCCUAAUUAAACACACCUGAACUAGCUAAUCAAGGUCUUCAGGAUUCCUAGGAAGUCACAGGCAGAUGACUUUGAUCAAGGUUGAAACAAAAAUCUGCAAGAAAAGUGGAUCUCGAGGGCCAGAGUCGAGAAUGACAUUGCUUAUCCCUGCCUUACACCCUUCCCAGGGGGGUUUAUUCCUGUUCCUAUAGAUCCAGCAUCCUGAAAGCUCCAAACAAACUUGAACUAGCUAAUCAAGGUCUUAGGGUUCACUUAAAGAGGAGGGUAGAUCACCAAAAGCAGAACUAAACACCCAACCCUAAACCCUACAUCAGGGGUCUUGAACGCAACCUACCUAGUAAAGCGGUGUUAGUUGGUAGUUUGAGAUCCCUGCACCCUACUCCCUAAACUCUGAAUGUUAUAGCCUAACCCUAUCUUAAACCUUACACCCUUCCCAGGGGGUUUCACUCCUGCUUCUGCAGAUCCAGCAUCCUGUAACCCUACAAACAAACUUGAACUAGCUUUUCAAGGUCUUGAGAUUCACUUAAAGAGGAGGGUAGGUCACCAAGAGCGGAAUUGAGCACCUGAUCCUGAACCCUAAAUCAGGGGGUCUUGAACACAACAAACCUAGUGAAGUGGUGUUAGUUGGUAGUUUAAGAUCCCUGCACUCUACUCCCCUAUCCUAAACCUUAUGUCCUUAACCAGGGUGUUCAGUCCUGCUCUUGGAGAUCUGACCUCCUCUAGUCUUCGGUUUCAACCCCACAAACACACUUAGCAAAUCAAGGUUUUGGGAUUCACUUAAAGAGGAGUGUGGAUCACUAGGAGAGGAACUGAGCACCCCAACUAAAUGACCCUGAACCCUACAUCAGGGUUCUUGAAUGCAGAUUACCUAGUGAGGUGGUGUUAGCCGGUAAUUUCCCUGCACCCUACUCCCUAAACUGAAUGGUAUAGUCUAACCCUAUCCUAAGCCUUACACCCUUACCGGGGGGUUCGUUCCUGCUCCUGGAGAUCCAUGGUCCUAUAACAUCCAAACACACUAUAGCUAGUUAAUCAAGGUCUUGGGGUUCACUUAAAGAGGAGGGUUGAUCAGCAAGAGCGGAAUUGAACACCUGGUGAAGUGGUGUUAAUUGGUAGUUUAGGAUUCCUGCACUCUACUCCCCUAUCCUAAUCUUUAGUCCUGGAGAUCUGGCUUCCAAUAGUCUUGACUUCCAAACCUCCAAACACACUUAGCAAAUCAAGGUCUUGGAGUUCACUUAAAGAGGAGGGAGUGGGACUGAACACCCCAGCCCUACAACUCUGAACCCUACAUCAGUGGUCUCGAAUGCAAUUUAUCUAGUGAGGUGGUGUUAGCCAGUAGUUUGAGAUCCCUGCACCCUGCUCCCUAAACUCUGAAUGGUAUAGCCUUAUAACUCUAUUCUAAACCUUACAACCUUACUGGAGGGUUCAUUCCUACUCCUGGAGAUCCAGUGUCCUGUAACCUCCAAACACACUAGCUAGCUAAUCAAGGUCUUGGGGUUCACAUAAAGAGGAGGUUUGAUCACUAGGAGCCUAACCCUAUCACCAGGGGGGUUCUUAGGGUCUUAGGGUUCAUUUAAAUGGAUGGUGGAUCACCAGGAGUGGGACUGAACACCCUAAACCCAACCCUGCGACUCUAAACCCUACAUCAGGGGUCUCAAACGCAAUUCCCUAAACUCUGUAAUGUUAUAACCUUACUCUAACCCUAUCCUAAACCUUUCAUUCUAAACAAGGGAUGUGCAGUUCUGUUCAUGGAAGGCCACCUUCAGCUCCAGUUCUAAUCAACGUCUUUUAACUUUCAGGCAGGUGUGUUAAAGAUGAUCUUUGCAUAAUGGUGGCUCUUCAAGAGCAGUAUCGGACAUCCAAUACCCUUUCCAUUCAGGGAGCGACUAACGCUGCUGGUCUAGUUGAGGCUGUGGACGUAUGAGAUUAAAAAAGUGACUGUUUGAGGUUUUUUCCUUGAAAAAUACUUAAAACGUCUUUCUAAACAAGCUAUGGACAGCUAAACAUGAAUAUGCUUGUAGUAAGUAGUAAAAUUAAUAUUUAAUAAUAGUUAGACAGAUCUUUAAUGCAAGUUUUUAAGAUGGAAUUUUAAAAAUAACUUAAAUUUGAUGUUUAUUUUGCUUUGGUGCCCCUUAAACAUACUGAAUGAGUACGAUUUCACUUAAAACUAAAAGAGCAAUCUAAGUGACCUCAGUGGUAACUCUGAUCAUUUUGUUUGUAAAUACAUCACUCAGCAGUCCAGGGAUACAAACUCAUCAGUAUUUGACAGACACAUGUAUGUAAGUAUGAAUAUAGUCAGAAUAUGUAUUUUCAAUGACGUACACUUCAGUUUGUGCAUAUUUAAAUGUUCGUCAGCUACCUUGUAGUAUUUGGCCUGUAGAUCAGCCUUAAAUAAAAUAUAUAUAUAUAUUUUGUUGGAUCUAUGUAAUGAUAUAACCCACAGUCACAGAACAGGGAGGGAUUCUGGGUAUUUUAUGGUCACGAAAGUGCAGGAAAUUUGAGCAUUGCAUGGUCAAAAGCUUUACGGUCAAAAAUAAAGUGUUUCUCAGUGUCUCCUACAGCGGGAUGUAUUUAUGCGUGUAGAUAGAGAUUAUUUUAAUUACAGUGAAAUUCUGUUUUUCUCCAUUUGGCAGCUGCUCACGUGUAUGGCUUGCUUGUAAAUGUGCAGGUCUUGUGAAUGUGAGACUGAACCUUUACACGAGCCGUUCAUUUUCUGAUUGUGCUUCUCGCCUGACAAUGCUACAGUCUGGUUGAAAAUCUCAUUUAAGCUCUAAAUAAAGGAUUUGUAACACAGCAAAUAGAAAAUAGUAACAAUGAAAUAAUUUAGGUUAAGAAAGCGAUUUAAAAACAAUCGACUGAAAGUUUGAUUGGUUACCGUAGCCUCUGUUUCCUCUCAGUGGGGACGGUCACACUAGAUUUUAAGUAUACAAGAGUAUGAACUUUUUUUGUAUGUUUUUGCAAAAUAAAUAUAAACAACAGGAUAUGAUGUCUUGCAUAUAGAUUUGUCAUUUGAAUGCAUUAUGAAUAAUAAUAAUACAUUCUGAAUAUUAACUGUCGAUUUCAGUGUGCAUGCUUUUAAAUGUGUAUUGAUGUGAAUCUAGUGUGACUGCACCUUUGGAGUGUUUGAUCUGGAUUCCUGAAGCCUGAUUUGGGAUCAUACAGCUACUGAUCCUCAAUCAGCAAGAAGGAAACUUGUGAGCUGCUUUGAUAAACAUUCCUCUGUUUUUCUUUUCUCUUCUGCGGUUUUUAUAAAAGUUUGGUUGUGCAAAAAUGAACGUAUGACUAAAGCAGAAAUUCUUUGUACUGAUAUUGAGAAGUAUAUGAUCACAUUAAAGUUUAUGUUUCAUGCA